UGCGGUGAACAUUCAACGAAAACAACAACGCGACCAGCUACAAUCACCACAAUGGCUGCCUCAGACAUCCAGAGCAAGAAGCGCAAAGGCGCGACCGACGCACAGCCCAAGGCGAAGAAGGCGCGUAAAUCGGAUGACAUCGCAGUCGAAGCCCCCACGGCUGUAGAAGCUCCUAAGCCGAAAAAAUCCAAGAAGAGCAAGGCCAUCGAGCCAGCGGAGACUGUCACAGUAGAGGAGACUGUUGUUGUGACCGAGAAGCCUGCGAAGAAGGCAAAGAAGACCAAAGAGCCUGCUCCCGCUGUCGAAGCUGCGCCCGAAAGCGACGCGAAACCUGCCAAGAAGUCGAAGAAGGGCAAGAAGGCGGCCGAGGUCGAGGUCGCCGUGACGGAGGAGGAUAUCCAGGACGCCCUCGCUGGUGCGGAAGAGCUAAAGCCUAAGAAGGAGAAGAAGUCGAAAAAGUCCAAGAAAGCGGAUGCCGUCGAGGAGCCGGCAGCAGAGCCCGUAGUGGAGGAGGUUGCUGUAGCAGUAGAGGAGAAGAAGCCGAAGAAGGGAAAGAAGUCAAAGAAGGAGGAAGCGCCUGUGGUAGAUGCGGAAGAGACGGUCGCUGCAGAAGGCAACGAUGCAGAGGAUGAGGAGGCCUUGGACGACCAGACCGCCGCGCUGCUCGCCGGCUUCGAGAGUGAUCGUGAUGAGAGUGACUUGGAGAAAGAAGACGAGGAGUUUGAUGAGGAUGCUCUAGUUGAGGCAGGCCAAGAAAUCAGCAAGAAGAAGCGCAGGGAGCUGGACCAGGCACGAAAGGAUGCUGCUCCUGCUGUUAUCUACCUUGGGCGCGUUCCCCACGGCUUCUUCGAACCCCAGAUGAAGAAGUACUUUAGCCAAUUCGGCAGGGUCCUUCGUCUACGCCUCUCCCGCAACAAGAAGACUGGAGCCUCCAAGCACUUUGCCUUCAUCGAAUUCGCGAACGGCGAAGUUGCCGACAUCGUCGCCAAGACUAUGCACAAUUACCUCAUGUUCGGACAUAUCCUACAGUGUCGCGUAGUCCCAUCUGAGCAGGUCCAUCCCGAGCUGUUCAAGGGCGCAAACGAGCGCUUCAAGAUCGACCCGCGAAAUCAGAAGGAACGCACUGCCUUGGCUCGCGGCGCAACACGCGACGUAUGGGAGAAGCGAGUGCAGCGCGAGAACAAGAGGCGGACUGGCAAGGCCAAGGGAUUGCUGGAGGAGUUUGGCUAUGAGUUCAACGCGCCUCCUGUGAAGGCUGUUGACGCGGUGCCCAAGAAGGCCGCUGCCGUAGAGGAUGCUCCUGCUCAGGCACAAUUAACUGCAGUAGAGGCUGAUGUUGAGCCCAAGGCCGAAGCUGUCGUUGCCACCGAGGAGGUCGCCGAAAAGAAGCCUAAGAAAUCGUCCAAGGACAAGAAGCGCAAGUCUGACGUCGUCCCGGAGGCUACAGAGGAGGCCGUGGUCUCAGCACCCAAGUCUAAGAAGGCGAAGAAGGAAGUGCAACCCGAGACCGAGGUGAUCGUAGAGAAGAAGCGCAAGGUCUCCCAGAACGGCACCACCACGACCACUACCAAGAAGACGAAGAAGGUCAAGGCGUAAAUUUCGGUACGAUCAAAGAGUUCGAAGGCACUGAGUAUCGGCCAUAGUUCCAGGCUGAUUUUGUCGAUGUAGCUUUAUGUUUCGUUCGGAUUGGAAGGGGUGGCCGCAUUAUGUUAGGCAUACCACAAAAGGAUAGCAUAGCUACUGGCGUAGACGGCGUAGCAAUGAUGAUAAACACGCUGAAAUAUUUC